AUGGACAGCAAAGAAAACUAUUUUAACAUCAAAUAAAUGACUGAAUCUUUUAAGAAUGUCAAGAAAUAUUCAUAACAUUCGAAUAUUAUUGUAGAUAUGUUUAUAGAAAUUACUUAGAAAUUAGACAAGUCUUCUAAAGAUUAUUUAUCAAAAGUCAUUCCUAUUGAUGAUGAUAAAUAAACACUUAACUAAGUUGAUACUAAAAUCAUCAUGAAUUACUUCAAAUAAAUAGUCAUCUAUCUAAUUAAAACUAAGAUAGAAUUAGAAGAAAAAACAUAAUAAAUAGAAUCUCAAACUUAAUAUGAAACAUUGAUUUAGAAACUAGAAGCUGAUGUUCGUUAACAUAUUCGAAUAGAAUAAUAAUUAAGAAUCUAUACUGAAACAUUAUAAUAAAAGAUAGAUGAUUUUGUAUUAGAAAGAGAAUAAUAAACUUAAUAGAUUAAAGAAUAUGAAUAAUAGAUCAAAUAAAAGAAUAAAGAUAUAGUAAUCUAUUAAAGUGAACUUCGUAAAGCAGUCAAUUAAAACUAAUAAAGAAAUGCUAAACUAAUAACUGAACCUAUCCAUGAAGAAUAUGAUACAAAAUAUCAUCUUAAUAAAUUAAAUUAAACUUAAUAUACUCAUCAUCGUAAAACCAGCCAAAUUAAUGAUGAAAAAUCUGCAGCAAAUAGUAAGAAUCAUUAAUAUAAGAAUCUCAAAUCAACAGUUAUAAAAAUUCACCAGAAAGAAUCCCAAUUCGCAAGAUAUCAGUGACUAAUUAUGCUGAGACCAAAACCAUAAAAUAGCCAGUCUUCAUUCGAUAGCCAUGGUAAUUAUCAAGUAGUAUUAUCCAUUAGUCCAAUGUCUUAUUCACAUUUAAAAACUGAAGUUUAACUCAGUUAUAGAAGUAACAGUUAAGAUAGUAAGUAGGCAUCUAAAAAUAUAAUAAAAUGA